AUGGCACCAACAUUUAGCACCCCGCCGCCCAAAGUCACCUUCUUUGACCUGCAAUUCCCCAGCCCUGGCGUGCUCCUCGCUACAAUCAACCGUGAAAGGCGUAUGAAUGCGUUACCCAUGGGAGCUCAUGACGAAGGCACGGCACUCUGGAACUGGUUGGACUCCGAGCCUUCGAUGCGGGUGGGCGUCAUUACCGGCAAAGGGACCAAGGCGUUUUGCGCUGGCGCCGACCUCCUCGAGCAGCGCGAUUCCAGCAAGGACGUUGGUAACUCUCAACCCAAGGGUACUCAGAAAAUAGCUGAGGGCGGAUUCGCGGGUCUGACCUCGCGCCGGGGAAAGAAGCCUGUCAUUGCGGCGGGUCCUCUCCCUUUCCCGCUGGUUCUCCGUGACCUUGUCGUCGCCUCCCCCCAGGCGCAAUUCGCUCUUCCCGAGGUCCUGCGAGGACUUUAUGCCGGUGCUGGGGGACUUGCGCGAGUGGUCCGGAAUUGUGGUAUGCAGAUCGGUACUGAGAUCGCCUUGACGGGGCGUCGGCUUACCACUGAGGAGGCUGUCAAAUAUAACCUGGUUAACAGGGUGGCUGCUACUCCCGAGAGCACGCUGCCCGAGGCAUUAGAGCUCGCCAAGUCGAUUGCAAGCAUGUCUCCGGAUGCUAUCAUUGUUUCGCGCGCGGGAUUACGGGAGGCCUGGGAGACUGGAAAUGUCCUUGAAGCCAUCCGCACGACCGCAGACCGGUACUCGGACGCUCUACGCUCUUCGGAGAAUCUACGCAUUGGCCUAGAGGCGUUUGCUCAGAAGAAGCAGCCACAGUGGGUGCCUUCUAAGCUGUAG